AUGUUGAGCUACGACGUGUUCCUGGUCUUGUCGGCAAUACUGGCCUUGGCCAGCGGCCAUGCCCAGCUUAUCAACAUCCAAGGCGAGCCAGGAUCUCCAGCCAGUGUUGGAUUCAAAGUGGACUUGGCCCUUGCCCGCAACUGCACCUCCAUCAGUCCUUGCCAGCAGGAUGCCACUAUCAUCCGAGACGCCGAGAUCGAAGCAAACAUUGUCAAUGAGUGCGGCAGGACCGAGUUGUCUGGCAACAUCGACAUCGGCGAGAACACGGAGAAUGCGCUGGCUGCGGGCCAGGUCACGCAAGUGAAGUCGGGCACCAAGUUGAAGGUCACUGUCCACCAGGUCAACGCCGACGGCGCCGGCCCGUUCUUCUGCGACCUCGAGGAGACGGGCAACACGGGCAAGUUCACAACGAACCUGACAGUGGAGAACAACGUCCCUGGGGUCAACGGCUUCUCCCAGGACAAGACGAAGGACUUCGUCAUGACGGUCGUAAUGCCGCAGAGCUUCAAGUGCAUCGGUGCGUCUACGGGCAAUGUCUGUACCGUUCGGUGCCGUAACAAUGCCUUGGCGGGUCCUUUCGGAGGCUGCUUCGCCGUCCAGCAGGUGGACACGGAACCGCACGUCAACACGCCGCAGAACAUCGACACGCAGCAGUCGCUCGACGCGGUGCUGAAGCAGGUGCAGCAGAACAACAAGGACCUGCCGGCGGCCAUCGCGGCCAACCAGGCCGACGGCCUCGCCGAGAACCAGCGGGCGGCCGCGAUCGUCAGCGCCCUCCUGGCCGAGAGCGUCGUGUCCAAGCCGGCUCCGACCCAGACGCCCGCCGUCGACCUGUCAGGCGGUCAGGCUGGUGGUGCUGGGGCCGCCUCUUCCACGGCCACGGCGGCUGCUACGACAGCUACGACAAUUACGAUCGGCUCCGCCGCAACACAGACGGCAAAGACUGGCAAGGGCGCGAGCAGGGGCGGAAAGGGCGGGAAUAACGGCAGGGCUACCGCCGAUGUCGACUCCAUUGUCAGUCGCAACGGUGGUCAGGUGAACAGUGUCAAUGGGGCGCAAGGGCUGAGGGUUUUGCGGUGGGCGAAGCGCAGCUCAGGAGGUGCUGAAUAG